GUAAAAUACUGAAAUUCAACCCAGGAGAAGGAAUACAGAAGAUAGACCGCUAUCCCUCGCUGAAACGCUACGUCUCCAAUCUCCGAAUCCUCCACCGCCGCCAAUCCCACCACUCACCACAGCCAUGUUCCGCCAAGCAUCUCGCAUUUUCUCUCGAUCCAUCAAUCAACAGCCAAAGAUGAUGGGUCGAGCCUUCUCGACGGAUGUGCCAGCUACACCCACCUUCGAUUCAACCUUCGUAGAAUCAUGGAAGAAGGUGGUACCCAACAUGGAACCGCCCAAAACUCCAUCUGCCUUCAUGACGCCUCGUCCCUCCACUCCUUCUAGUAUUCCUUCUAAGCUCACUGUCAAUUUCGUGCUUCCCUAUGCUUCUGAGCUCUCCACCAAGGAGGUUGACAUGGUCAUUGUACCUGCAACAACUGGACAAAUGGGUGUUUUGCCAGGGCACGUACCUACAAUUGCAGAAUUGAAGCCUGGGGUCUUAUCAGUGCAUGAAGGCAACAAUGUGACCAAAUAUUUCGUUAGCAGUGGAUUUACUUUUGUCCAUGCCAACUCUGUUGCUGAUAUAAUUGCUGUCGAGGCUCUGCCAAUUGACCAAAUUGAUCCAAGCUUAGUUCAAAAGGGACUGUCUGAGUUCACUCAGAAGCUCAGUUCAGCAACAACUGACUUGGAGAAAGCUGAGGCCCAGAUUGGUGUUGAUGUUCACAGUGCUCUGAACUCUGCUCUCACAGGCUAAUUGCACCUCUGCAUACUGCAUUCAGUAUUUUUUUUUUUUUUUUCACUUUCUGCCCUCUCUUAUGCCUCAUUGGCCAUUUAUGCUUUUUUAUUCACAAUCUAUAAACUGCAUAGUCCUGUCAUCUCUUUGCGGUGAUUCUCAGAAAGGUAAAUAAGUCUUCAGAAACAAGAAACUCAAUACAUUUACUUAGUUCAUGGCAUCCCUUUAUUAUGGGAGGUUGCUUGCUAGUGAAUGUUGAUUUGGUAGAGGUUGUUACACUGGGAUAAAAUGGAAAAUAAUCUAGUUAGUUAGAUAACUUGAGGAGUGAGUUUAUUGAAAUCAGGUGUCAUGUUUUUGCAGUUGAUUUGUUUGAGUAAUCAAAGUGCAUGCCUUGAAGCUA